GUUGAAAAUCAAAAAAUAUAAGCAAAUUUUAUUACAUUUCGGUUUUAAAGUUCUUUCAUUAUCUCUCUUACAUGUUGAACUGAUUGUAACACAUUUUGAAAAAAAAAUGAAAUAAUCCCAACAAACAAUUAAAUUGAAAAAAAACUACAUUUAGUGAUGCUAAAAUUUUAUCGUGAUUGUAUGCAAUUUUUAUAUAUUUAAAAAAAUUAUUUAAUGUAAAUAAGAUAAAGAAUCGUUAUUUUUAACCAUUCAUACGAUCAUUAAAGAUUAUAAACAUAAAUUCAAUACAUUUAUAUUUCUUUUAAUUGUUUGCUGGGUAAUAAGAAAAUAAUAAAAAUAAAAAACGGUACCUUUGUUAUAUUCAAGUCUUGUCAAAGAGAAUUAAAGUAAACAAGUAUAGGGUUUGCAGUUUCAGUUUACAAUUAGGGUUCGCAAGUCCGGUUUACUUAUUAACGAAAUUCCCAAAAAUAGAAAACAGAGUUAUAAAAAUUUCGAAAUUUGAAAAAUAAUUAAAAGAAUAAAAGUGUAUGUGUAAUAACGUUUGUGGUGUUUAUUCUGCCUAAUAAGUAGAAUAAAAUUAAAAAGUAUAUGUAUUUAAAAGUUAAAGUCAAAAUUUAACUAAGAAUACAUACUACAGCCACUCAAAACACAAAUAACAAAAAAAUAUACAGAAAACAUUUUUGUUAAUAAAAAUUAAUAUACUGUUGUAAAAUAUUAAACGUUUAUAACCCUAUGAUCAUUCGUGAACGAUAGUUCAAGUAUCUGUAUUAAACUCCCACCAUGCGACACAGAAAUAUUUAAAGGUAGUUAUGAACAAUGGCCCUCGUUUAGAGACAUGUUCACUGCAGUUUAUAUUAAUCAUUCAAAACUUACUCCUGUAACCAAAUUAUAUCAUCUCAGAAACAAAACAAGAGGUGAAGCAGGAGCUAUAGUAAAACGAUAUGCAUUGUUCAAUGAUAAUUUUGAGUUAGCUUGGAAUGCGUUAAAAACUAGAUACGAAAACAAACGAGUUUUGGUCGAUAACCAAAUCAAAAUAUUGUUUGAUAUACCAGCCGCAAUUAAUGAAGAUAGUGAGUCCAUAAGAAAAAUACAGUCGUCAGUAAACGAUUCAUUAGCAACACUUAGUACGCUAGGAGUAGAAGUAAAUAGUUGGGAUCCCAUUUUAAUUCGUUUAGUAUCAACAAAAUUACCUGAAUGUACUCUAGCAUUAUGGGAACAAUCUUUAACUUCUCCUCGUGAAUUACCAAAAUGGUCGCAAAUGUCACAAUUUUUAGUAGACAGAUAUGAAGCGGUAGAGCGACUAACAGGCAUUAAAACAACAAAAGACAGUUUUACUCUUUCCAAUAAAAAAUCUCAUAUACAAACAUAUACAUCGCAAGAAAACAUAUAUACGAAUUGUAAACUCUGUAAUAAUGAACAUUAUUUAAGGAAUUGUCCAAAAUUCAAAACUUUUUCAACGCAACAAAGAAUAGAUUUUGUCUUCAAAAAUAAAAUAUGUAACAAUUGUUUAAGUCCUUCACAUAUUAAGACGAAAUGUAGAAGUAAAAGAACAUGUUUUUACUGUAAGAAAGAUCACCAUUCAUUAUUGCAUAUUGCACACAAACCAUCAAUUACACCACAAAAUUCUGAAAAUAUUCAAAACAAUGGUAAUAGUAACCAUACUAAAAAUAAUAUUCAAAAUACAAAUACACAAGCUGAACAGACGAGUAAUUCUUACAAAGAUGAACCUGCAACUACUUCACAACGCGUUCAGGCAAACUGCUCGUCUAGCAACGAAAUUAUUUUAUUGCGUACAGCUUUGAUGCAAAUAGAGCAUCAAGGAGAAAUCUUUACGAUAAGAGCUUUGAUAGACCCAGGCUCCCAAAGAACAUUUAUUACAGAAAAAAUAAGAAGUAAAUUAAAGUUGCCUUAUAGAAAUUCUCAUUUUGAAAUUAGUGGAAUAGGAGGUCAAAAACAAUCCGCAAAAAAAGAGUGUGAAUUUAUUUUAUAUGCAAAGAAAUAUAACCUACGAGUUCCAAUUAAGGCAAUCGUCUUGUCGAGUGUUACUAAUACACUACCAGCAGUUACGUUUAAAGUCCCAUAUUCUGCAGAACUUAAGAAAUUGGACUUAGCUGACCCAAAUUUUAAUAAAUCUUCCCAAAUCGAUCUUAUUCUUGGUAAUGAUUAUGAACAUUAUCUGAAUCUAGAAGGCAUAAAGAAAAAUAUAUGUGGCCAAACAUCAGCCUAUAAAACUAUAUUUGGAUGGGUGCUUAGCGGACCAAUAAGAGCUGAAACUGUUCAAUCAUUCUCAACUGCGGUUACUUCAUCAGAAUCUUCAGAACUCAGUACACUAUUGAGAAAAUUUUGGGAGCAAGUAGAAAUACCCAAAAUUCGCCUUACGUCAGAAGAAGAUGAUUUUGUUGAACAAUUUUACACUCAAACAACUACUCGAAACAAAGAUGGACGAUAUAUUGUAAGGUUACCUUUUAAAAAAGAGUAUCACGAAUCAGUAUAUUUAGGAUCAUCUAGAUUUAUUGCAUUAGCUCAAUAUGCCAGUAUGGAAAAAACUUUAGGAAAAAAUAAUGAAUUGCAAGCUGAAUAUAAAUCUGUUUUAGACGAGUAUUUAACUCUAGACCUCAUGGAAGAAACAACAUCAACUGAAAUUAAUUAUGAAGGUAAAUUUAGCUCUUAUAUUUGCCCCAUCAUGCGGUCGUGCGACCUGACCAUAAAACAACAAAGGUCCAACAAUUCAAAACGACUUAAUAACAGUAAUUCUGAAUUGGAGAAGAUAUAAAUACGUGUUCAGUGGGGACAUACAGAAAAUGUAUCGUCAAAUCCUAAUUCAUCCAAAUGAUAGAGCAUUCC